AUGUGUGGAGUCUUACUGACAAGGAUUUCUAAGCAAAGGCUGUCAGAUUCGAUAGAUUAAUUGGUCUGUGGCUUAUCUGACUUUGAGGUUACUGUGAAUAAAGAAAUUAUUGGACUACAUAAUGGAACUAUAUCACUUCCCUCAGAUAAACUAUCUGACGCUUACCAUAUAGUCGCUGGUAAUACCAAGUACUCUUAUAAAGCUCUCACUGGUUACAAAGGUCUCACUUUGAUCAAAGAUUAGCCCAUCUUUAUAUAAGCUGAUGGUACUGUUGAUGUAAUAUACGGAAGUGAAAAGCUUGAAAGCAUUAGCGCAGGUAUUGACGGUUCACUUUGGGCACUCCAAAAAAGUGAUUCUAAAGAUCACUAGCUAAUAAAGUGGUAAACCGUGACUAAAAAAUGGUACAAGAUUAAUGGAGCUGAGGGAACUUGCCUCUCUGCUUAUAACGAAAUCUCAGUCGCUAUUGUUGACUCAAAAGGACUUCUAAGUCUUUCAUCACAAGUGGGCUAAUAAAAUGAGGCAUAGUAUAUUCAAAGUUCAGUUGCACAUGGACUUUUUCCUUAAUCUAAUAUUCUGAGUAAUGAUGAUUUCAAAUGGCUGUAAACUGCACUUAAUCCUGUUAAUUUUACUGGAUUCGAAAAGUGCUAUGAUUCUGAAACUCUUACAGUGGAUUCUGACCCUUUGGAUAUUCAAUGUGCUGGAAAGGAUCAUUUAAUAUUUGUUCAGACAAGUAUAAAUGCUAACGGCUCAAUAGGAAGCAUCGGUGGUUAUGUAAGAGAUGGAAAAGAUUUAUUGAAAAAUCCUACUUAAGAAUUUGUUCAUCGAAACACAAGCGUUGUCAUUGACGAAAAAAUGUCAGCAAUUUUAGGAUUUUCCUCUAAAAAAGUAAUUAAAUAGAAUUAUGCUGAAGUUCCAUUCUAUGGAGAUAGAGGCAAUGAGGAGCGCCUUUUUUUUGAUUAUUUUCACUUUGGCCUAGCAGUUCAUGAUACAUUAUACUUUAUCAUCGACAAUAUUAAAAAUUCUUAUGUGUCAGUAUAAGUAGCAAGCCCAGAUUACGAAAAAUUUAAGGCUUUACUAGAUUUUUAAAGUGAGUAAAAUGAAGAUUUUACUUUAUAUACUGAAUCAACUAAGAUGGAAGUUUUCAGUGGUAAGAUUUGA